CAUGCUUUGGAGAACAGCAUAUUAAGGAGUGAGUAGCAGUAGAGAACACACAGUCUGCUUGCAAGCUCUUUUGAGAGCAGGGUGCGAAGCAGGUACAGCAGAAAAAGGAAACCCCUGCAAAGCACCUGUACCCGGGAGUCAAAUCCAAAGCAGAAGACAGACUGGACAUCACACCUGCAAAGCCAGUCUAAGGCAGCAUCUCUCCUAAAUUCUGCUAUUCAUCAGCUUCCAUCUGGUCACUGUAGAAGGAAACAGAGGCAAAACCCUGGGGCCAUGAGAGGCAGAAUGGUGCAGAUCAUGGUGAACUCUGAAGGACAUCUGGCUAUAAGAAGCCAUUUGGCAAUGUGAUAUUACUCUGACAGCUUUUGAAUUUAUUCAACUCACCAUACAGAAUUAUGCUAGAGGCUUUAAAGCUUUCCUCCUCCUACUAAGCAACACUAUUUCAUUUGCACCCAAAGACUAUUCUUUCCCAGCAAGAAGAGAGAGAGAGAGAAAAAAGCAGAAGCCUAGCUCUGAAAGGACCCCCCUGCCUACAGAAACACAGCUCCGUGUGUAUGGUGUGCAAUUGCUCUAUCUGCCUUUUCAUCUGCUCUUAAAAAAAAAAAAGACUUGCAAGCAUUUCCAUAAAGGCUUGAGCCAGAAGAAUUAUGACAAACCUCUAAUUCACACACAACAGAAACCCAGGAUAAAAGGCUCUCAAUAUAACAGUCCUUCAUAAAGGAUUCAUUCAAAAUAAAGGGAGUGUAAAAAUAUCUGUGUAAAAGAUGAAGUCCUGUCCUCAAGCUCAGCUUGAUCUCUUCUGGGAUAUAAGGACAGUCUAAAAAAAGAGGCAAUUAUGAUUUUUUAGGUUGCAAAGUAUCCAUUUAAAAAUAACUAUAUAUUUCAUUACACAUUAUAUGCUUUGGAGGACCCAGUCGUGUAAUAUAUCUAUGCCUCUAAUUUUCCAAGCUUAAAGGAUUCAUUUUAAUUAUUUUUAUUUCUCUGGCUCCAGUCGCAUGCCUGACUGUGUCACAAAGUCUAGACAACUUGUCCUGGAUGUCACCAUGGGGAUGGAGACAAGACCUCUGUGAAUUUUUAUAUCCUGAGAGCCAGCUACAGAGUAAGAGCAAAAAGGGGGUUAAAGUGAGAGCUGGGUAAAGGGGUGAAUGUCUUCCCUGCAUAAGGACACAGCUACCUCUGUUAGUAACUUCCUGGCUUCACCAGACUGGAGAUCACAUACAGUAUAUCCAUCUGUGUGAGUGUGUGUCACAAACACCACUGAUCUAUUUAAAGCAUCUUCUCUGGACUUUGUAUCUAUUUCUGAGCUCUGCUAAGCAGGCCAGGGAGAGAAUAUAAGUAUUUUGUUUUGGGAAGAAGCUUUUACCAGAACCCAUGUGUCUGCCUUGUGCUCCAACAUUUUAAAUUACCCUGUGGAAUACCGCUGUUUAUUGAUCUGCUACCCAGAAAUUGAUUAAGUAUUGAUAAAAAGGGUGGGAGGGGGUGGGAGCACAUUGAUCUAUACUGAAGUGGGUGUUAAACAUGAUGAAGAGGAUAAAUCUUUCGGAGGCUGUUCUGCUUUGCUCCUGCUUGUUUUUAGUCCACCGUCAGGGAUCCUGUCAGCCUUACCUUAGGCUUAGACCCUCUCCUAGUGAACACUUACCUGUCAAGGAUAUUAUUGAGCAACCAGACCCUGAGCAAGAUCCAAAGGAGCAAGACUUAGAUGAGAGGACAUUGAGAAAGAAGCUUGGAAGCAACUUUGAUCCCAACUUCAUGGCAGUGGUUAUGUAUAGCAGUGUCAAUGCAUCCAGCCAGGACUCACUGACCAAAUCUAAGAGCCUUGGUUCACUACCUAUGGAGUUGAAGAAAAUGGACCUUAGUGAGGCACCUUAUGGUGGUAGGAUAAGGAUAGGAAAGAAGGCUCGCAGGAAGUUCUUGCAGUGGUUGUGGGCUUAUACCUACUGCCCAGUGCUGUAUACCUGGAAGGAUCUGGGAGUGAGGUUUUGGCCAAGGUUCAUCAAGGAGGGAAAUUGUUUCUCAGAAAAAUCUUGUUCUUUCCCAGAGGGUAUGUACUGCAAACCUAUUAAGUCAGUUACUAAGACUUUCUUACGGUGGUACUGUCAAGGAUGGUCAAGACAAAGGUAUUGCACAUGGAUACCUGUGCAAUACCCUAUAAUAUCAGAAUGUAAGUGCUCCUGCUAACUGUUAAUUCAAAAUUAAAAGACUGAACAGAGAUGGAGGAAAUAAUGGUUAUCUUUAACUGAUUAAUUGCAAGUAACCUGGUGCUCUGUUGACACUGUUUUUGAGGGUCAUGCAGAAUGAAUGGUGGAUAUACUUUUUUUAGCAACUGAACUGGCUAAAGAGAAAAGAAUAAUGUUGAAGUUAUAAGAUGCCAUAUAUCCUCUUUUCGGUCUGCAGUCAAUUUGAGGUUAAAUGGACAUUAACGCUUUCUUUUCUGAAGAGACCAGAGGCAAUAGGAGAAUAAAGGGAAUUAUUGUCAUAAAUUAA